CGCUAAAUUUCUGUAGUUAACAAGCGGCAGCAGCAGCAGCGAUACGUUGACAUUUAGUACUAAAAUAUUGAAUCGGGUUGUGAGCUCAGUUCAGUUGGUGCCUGGUGGCUACCCUUGUAUUUCCCGGCAAAUGUAAAGAUGUCCGUGUAACAGAGUCGCUUUUCGAGUGAAUUAUUACUCAGUAUUAUCCUCUAGCCGUUCGUCGUCCCCGGAUCCGUAUCAACACCAACGAUCAUGGACAGGAGAAAAAUGUCAACCUCGGGGGACUCCCUCUACCAGAUCUUGGAAAUCCAAAAGACAGCUACCCCUGACGAGAUAAAAAAAACAUAUCGAAAGCUCGCUCUUAGAUUCCAUCCAGAUAAAAACCCCAACAAUCCGGAGGCAGCUGAUAAGUUCAAAGAAAUAAACAGGGCACACGCCAUCCUCACGGACCUAACAAAACGCAACAUAUACGAUAAUUACGGCUCUCUUGGUCUCUAUGUAGCCGAACAAUUUGGCGAGGAAAAUGUUAAUGCUUAUUUCGUGGUUACUUCUGGCUGGUGCAAGGCCCUGUUCGCAGUCUGUGCCAUAAUAACCGGUUGUUACUGUUGCUGCUGCUGUUGCUGCUGCUGUAACUUCUGCUGCGGCAAAUGUAAACCAACGCAACCAGAAGACAGCGGUGCCUACCAUAAUUUACAGCGGAACCAGAAUGCAGAAGGAGGCAUAGUGACCGACCAGCCGAGAAGUGGGCGCAAGGAGGAUGAAAGCGACGAAGAUGCUGUAACGGCGCAACCUCAGGGAGGCGCUUCGCAGGGAGCGCAACCCAUAUUCGCAAUGCCACCACCGCCGACAACGGCCAAUGAAAAUACAACCCUUAACAGCGGCGGAGACCGCGUGAUCUACACGACCGCCACAAACCCGUUCACAGGAGCACCGGUCGGCCAAUCGACCAACGGACCAACCGAAUGGUAGUUACACAACGUUAAAAUCUGCCAGAACAGCAAACACCUUUACCGAAGUUACUAAGGCGAGCACAUUCGCUAUGCCUUACUCGGAGUGAAUGUAGUUUUUCUGCUGGGUAUGAAAAAAAAAAAAAAAUAAAGAAACAACAAAACGAGAAGCAAACGAAAAAAAGAAACAAAUAAGAGAAAUUGUUUUUUUUUUUUAAUUUUUUUUUUUUAUUCAACAGUCCGAUUGAAUGUUGCGUAAUUAUUAUAAUCUAUCUAGCUUCGCUGUAUAAUUUCAAGUAUUGUCUAUUAAACAAUCCGUGUUUAUGGGAUUUACUGUUGACGAUUACAUUCUAUGGAGUUGCUUUAGUUUUAGGUAUUCCAACAAAUCGUGCGACAGUCACUCCAUUAUAAAACAAUUAAUUAUUCAAUAAUAGCCAAUUGAAAAUAUUUAUUAAUAAUCUUUUUAAUCAGCAGGGACUUUACGUUAAUCACAUACCAAUACAUCGGUACGUAAGUGAGAAAUGAAACUGAUCAAGACUAAGAAUAUUAUAGAAAUGUAUUACUAAUUAAAAUAAUAGUUCACCAAAGUUUCAAUUGUAUUAGUAGAUUAUUUAUUGUUCAUUACUCUCUCAUCAUUCUAAACUAGUCUUACGUUUUUAUAGAUUGAUGAAAAAAAAAACUUGCCGAAUGUGUCCCACAUGCUGCGAAAUAUGUUAUAAUGUGUUUAUUUUUUCUGCGAUAGAAAAAUACUUUCGUAAUAACUAGCAUUAUUCAAUCGUUAAUAAUUAUUAUUAUAUCAGUUAUACUUUUCUAGUACCUUGUACAAGAAUUACAAUUUUCAAUUUGAGAACGUCAAAUCACUGUCAUUGGUAAUUAUUGUUCGAGGGUGUGGCCGUUGACUCAUUAAUUAGUUAUAUCUUGAAUAAUGGAAACACUUAAUUUAGCGUGUCCAAUAUUACGAAACGAAAUUCUAGACGAUUGGUUUGAUUUGUGACUCGAUAUUGUAGAUAAUGUAAGACUUAAUAUUAUGCUUAGAAAAUUGUUCUAUUUUUCUGAUUUAUUAUGUACUAAAAACAUUCGAAGACAUUCUCGAGAUAUCUUUUUCACAAACUUCCGUACCGUGUAAUUGUUGUGACCAAGUCGCACCCUCGAUUUACAAUAAAUUUUUAGCCAGAGCGCUAUUAUCGUUGGGUAAAAUGACAAUAUGCGUAUAUCAAAAUCACAAUUUGUUUGAAACAUAUACGUGAUUGCAUUUAUAUACUCAUGCUAUUAUGGCGUAUUUCUUCGUUAAUGUCUUAUAGAUGUACAUUUCAUCAUUAUAUAUACGAUAUAAAGUAUACUACGUAAUUCAAGUCUAUUGGAAGAAAGGAUGAUGAAAAGGUGGAAUAUGAAAGAGAAUCUAACAGUUCAAACCGAGGGAAAUACUGUAAUAGAUGUAGCUUGCGAGUUUCUUAAAUCAUAGUUAAUUAUAGUUCGUAAGACGGCAGAAUUUAUACAUAGAUAUACACUAUUCAACGGAGUGACAGUAAACUAUUUUGCAAGUUGAUGAUUUCACGUAACUAAAAGUUUGAAAUUGUUGAUUCUCAUAUAUUGUACACAUUAUAUAUACAUAACAAAAACUAAAACUUCGUUCGUUCGAUGGAGUGAAGUAAAAAAACUAUAAAACAAAAAAAAAAAAUACAAAAAAAAACAAAUUGACAAACAAAUAUGUAUUUAAU